CAAAAAUCUUCCCACUUACCCGGGGCCAAACAAGAUGCGAGAUUGCUACUGCACUGUGAACCUGGACCAAGAGGAGGUUUUCAGGACCAAAAUAGUGGAAAAAUCACUCUGCCCCUUUUACGGAGAAGACUUUUACUGUGAAAUUCCUCGGAGCUUUCGCCACCUGUCAUUUUACAUUUUCGAUAGAGACGUUUUCCGGAGGGAUUCCAUCAUAGGGAAAGUGGCCAUUCAGAAGGAAGACUUGCAGAAGUACCACAACAGAGACACCUGGUUCCAGCUGCAGCAUGUCGAUGCAGACUCAGAAGUGCAGGGGAAGGUCCACCUGGAGAUGCGGCUGAGCGAGGUCAUCACAGACACGGGUGUCGUUUGCCACAAACUGGCCACACGCAUCUUCGAGUGCCAAGGCCUUCCCAUUGUCAAUGGGCAGUGUGAUCCUUACGCCACUGUGACGUUAGCAGGACCAUACAGAUCGGAAGCCAAGAAGACAAAAGUGAAGAAGAAGACCAACAACCCCCAGUUUGAUGAAGUGUUUUAUUUUGAGGUGACCAGACCUUGUAGCUACAGCAAAAAAUCCCACUUUGACUUUGAGGAGGAGGAUGUAGACAAACUUGAAAUCAGAGUGGACCUCUGGAACGCCAGCAACUUGAAGUUCGGAGAUGAGUUUCUGGGAGAGCUGAGGAUCCCCCUGAAAGUCCUACGACAGUCCAGUUCUUAUGAAGCAUGGUAUUUCCUUCAGCCCCGGGAUAACGGCAGUAAGAGCCUGAAGCCAGGUGACCUGGGGUCCUUGAGGUUGAACGUGGUGUACACAGAAGACCACGUUUUCUCAUCAGACUACUACAGCCCUCUCCGGGACCUCCUGCUGAAGUCCUCGGACGUGGAGCCUGUGUCUGCGUCUGCGGCCCAUAUUUUGGGUGAAGUUUGUCGAGAAAAGCAGGAGGCUGCGAUUCCUCUGGUGCGACUCUUCCUGCACUACGGCAAGAUCGUGCCUUUCAUCAGCGCCAUCGCAAAUGCGGAGGUGGAGAGGACGCAAGACCCAAAUACCAUCUUCCGAGGGAACUCCCUGACUUCCAAGUGCAUCGAUGAGACAAUGAAGCUGGCAGGGAUGCACUACCUCCAUGACACCCUGAAGCCCAUCAUCGAGGAGAUAUGCCAAAGCCACAAGUCUUGUGAAAUUGACCCCGUGAAGUUAAAAGAUGGCGAAAACCUCGAAAACAACAUGGAGAACCUGAGGCAGUAUGUGGACCGCAUCUUCACUGGGAUCUCCAAGUCUGGGGUGAGCUGCCCCACUGUCAUGUGCGAUAUUUUCUUCUCCCUGAGGGAGUCGGCCGCCAAGCGCUUCCAAGAUGACCUGGAUGUGAGGUACACUGCAGUGAGCAGCUUCAUUUUCUUGAGGUUCUUCGCGCCUGCCAUCCUCUCCCCCAACCUCUUCCAGCUCACCCCUCACCACACGGACCCGCAGACGUCUAGAACCCUGACACUCAUCUCAAAGACGAUCCAAACUCUCGGCAGCUUGUCCAAAUCCAAAUCUGCCAACUUUAAGGAGUCCUACAUGGCUACGUUUUAUGAAUUCUUCAACGAGCAGAAAUAUGCUGACGCCGUGAAAAAUUUCCUGGAUUUGAUUUCGUCCUCGGGGAGACGAGACCACAAGAGCAUUGAGCAGCCCAUCCUGCUUAAAGAAGGGUUCAUGAUUAAGCGGGCACAAGGAAGAAAGCGCUUUGGAAUGAAGAAUUUUAAGAAAAGAUGGUUCCGCCUGACAAACCACGAAUUCACCUAUCAGAAAAGCAAAGGCGACCAGCCCCUCUACAGCAUUCCCCUCGAGAACAUUCUGGCAGUGGAGAAACUGGAGGAAGAAUCCUUCAAGAUGAAAAACAUGUUCCAGGUCAUUCAGCCCGAGAGAGCACUGUACAUCCAGGCCAACAACUGCGUGGAGGCCAAGGACUGGAUCGACAUCCUCACCAAAGUCAGCCAGUGCAACAAAAAGCGUCUCACCGUGUACCACCCCUCUGCCUACCUGAACGGCCACUGGCUGUGCUGCAAGGCCUCCUCCGAUUCUGCCCCCGGCUGCACCCCCUGCACCGGCGGCCUUCCGGCGAACAUCCAGCUUGACAUCGAUGGGGACCGGGAGACGGAGCGCAUCUACUCGCUCUUUAACCUGUACAUGAACAAGAUGGAGAAAAUGCAAGGUAAGUCCCCUGGCCAGCAAUGCCCAGCGGCAGUGUUGGUGACACCCGGCCCAUGGCCGCCUGCCCGUGCUACCAAGGGCACGCUGCGGUGGUGGAAGACUCCGGCUGGGCCCUUGGGCGGUGUCUUCUUGAGCGGAGGUGGACACCGUGUGCACGGCACGGGGAUUCUGGGGCCUGCCCUGGCUUAUUCCUGGCACCAUCAGUCAAGCACCGCCAAUAUUCUCGCCCACCUACGCGUGGGAAUCGUGCCUCACGCUCUCCCACUGUCUCCUCACUGCAGGGAACACCCCAUUGGAGACAAGAGCUUCCAGAGCUACAUCAGACAGCAGUCUGAGAUCUCCACUCAUUCCAUUUAAAGCUGCAGGCUGCCCCAGGCUGGCCACCACCACCAAGUUCUGCCCGGAAAGCCAGACUCUCUGGAAAGGAAGACGCUGCAAGCAAAGGGCAUCCUCGCUUCCUCGGUGUCUGUAGAUAACAAGUGUCCAGCUCUGAAACUCUUGACACGCGUGUUGUCCGUUCCUUCCCCUUCCUCCGAGAACUGUUACCAUAAAUAUUGCUGUGCACUUUACUCAUCUGCCACUGACAGGUGAUCCGAACUCUGCCUUUCUGGGCUGUGUGUUGUUGGUUCUGUUUUUGUUGUUGUUGUUGUUUUGCUGUGGUUUCUUGGGAAGCUAGUGGAUCAGUUCAAUGAUCGAGAGGCAUGGACUUGCCUGUGACAACAGCCCGGCGCAGUCCAUUCUCCCUAGAGAAACCCGGCCGGCCCGCUGCCUAUACUGAGCUGACGAACAAGCCAGCCUCCUUCUGCACAGCGUCUGCUUUGUGUUGUGUCUGCAGUUCCGCUGCUGCCCUGCACCUGUGUAGCCCCUUCGGCGCAUGCCCCUCUCUCUGCCACGUUGCGUGAGGUCGAAGGCACUAUUCUUGUCUUCUGAGCCUGCUGUCCUGGGCUGCUGGAGGGCAGGCCGGCUGGAGAAGACAAGCCUCCCCAGUCUCGGCUGUGUGUGUGGUGUUGGCUUUGUUCCCACCUGCAGGAUCUGCUCGGUGGCUGGGAGGCACAUACCUGCAUGACUCCUCCCACAUCAAGAGGUGCUUCAUCUCUGUGGGGUGUGGACUUCCUUCUACAGAGAGCUGCUGGGUUUUGACAAUGUGGCAGGACUGAGGAUGACGUCGAACUGAACAAGACUUGGGAAAGGGAAGAGUUGCACCUCUCUCUGCGUCCGUGGCUGCAGCUCUGCCUCCAUGGGGAUUCGAACCCACGGCACGCCGGCCACUCAAGCGCAGCCCACCGCCCGCAGACUGGAGUCUGUAGCUGGAGUGGGCCCAUCUGGAGCUAACAGGCGGGGUGGCGACAUGGAACUGCCUUGAUGCUGGAAGGGACUUCAAACUAGAAUCAGUGUGUUGGCCACCACCUGGGUGAGGGGGAUUUUUUUUAAAAAUGGAAACGUGCAUUUUUCAAGCUGUUUUUCUUAAUGUUUUUAAGAGACCAUUUUUAAUUAGCUCUUUGAUAUAAAACCUAGACUCAUUAAAGGGGGGGCGGUGGAAUGACACAAUGGGCGACUAAAAAGGAAAGGGUCUUGUGUCUCAUGAGCAGGAGGUCACCGGCUUCCAGAGAAUGUGAAGAAGGGCGGCCGGCUGUCAGCUUGGAGCGUUGGAGCUGGUGACAGCCCAGCCUUUCCCCUUGGGACCCUGUGGCCCAGACUUUGUCUCUGUCUCCAGGAAGCCCCCCACCACCCCAGAGGCUCGAGGAUCGGGAAGCCCAACGGGGCAGCAGAUGGGAGUGGGUGCCAGGGCUGGGGGAGGGUCGGCAAGCCUCAAGACCCUUCCCUUGCUCUCCAGCAAUCCAUUGAAGACACUCGUGUGGAAAGCCGGCCUCCUCACCCGGUGUGCAGCCUGCAGCUUUUGCGAGCGCUGUGUAGCUCAAUAGUGAGAUAGAUCCCUGUAACACUUCCUUUCUGUUCUUGUUUGGAAAUACUGUAGUUAUGACUCUUAAUCUAGAUGGCAAAUAGUAACAUUAUUUGUUACACACACACACACAAACCAAGUGGAGGAGGUUGUUGCUGAAGGUCACAUCUGGGGACACACAGCUAUUGAGCUGCCACUGAACUGCAAUUUUUAACAUGGAUUUGUAACUUAAUGUUUCUGUUUAUAAACUACUAAUGAUUUGCAAUGUAUUUUACUGGCCAAUUAAAAGAGACUUUUUAUUCUU